CAGCCGAAGCGACUACAGCCGAUGACUAACGUUAUUAUGCUUGUUUAGCCGACCUGGAUGUUCUUGUGAGCCUUCAGAUCAGCCUUCUCUCCUCCCCUGCAUGAACAUGCAGUGUGAUGUAAUUAUGCCAGGAUGGAAAAGGUUCGUCCUAUUAUCCAAAUGUAUCACUCUGGACGAGGUUGUUUAUUGGGCGAGAGUUUCUCUGUCUGCUGAGGCUGGGAUGGGUAAAAAAAAAUUCAAUAAAUCCUAAAACCACAAUGAUCCGUUACUUUUGGGUAAUUAAGGAUUAAUUAACGAUAAUGAAUGUGUGUGAUUCUUCUGGGUUAGAGCAGAAUUACUUUGUAAUUAUUCAGGGCUUUCAAGUGAUUUCUGCAGACUUUGAAGUGCGAGUGAUUAUUUAUCCAUUCAUUAAUUAAUGAAUUUAUUUAUUUAUUGCACGGCGGUGAGGGGUGGGGUCAAUAACGCUAAUCACCUGUAAUCCUUUUAAUGUCUCUCGCUUUGAGGUGCCAAUACACAAGCCGAGCAGAUUCAGGACCGCGCAACCCUGGAGGAGGAAGAAGAAGAAGUGUUGGGGCUGCGGGAGGAAGACAAGGGGUGGGUGGCCGGGUCGGGACACGACGGUUUGCGGGGUCAUGAAACCACCUUUGCCUCUUAAUGACAGUUGAUGCUUCCAGAACCGGACACACCGUCAUUAAGACCAGACCCUGGGUCGUGUUGGACCGGAGCAGGCCAGGCUCCUCCUCGCUUCUUUCUGCUCCGGACAGCUCCCCAGGAAAGAAAAAAAAGGGGGCUUGUUCUUAGCAGAGCCUUCUGGGUGUGUGAGUGCGGUGUGGGAUGGGAGCAGAGAAAGGAAACGCGGAGCUUCCAGCCUUCAGUCCUGCCACAGAGCGCAGCAGCAGCAGCAGUUACAGGAGUAGGGGAAGCAUCCAAUCACAGCGGCAACACUGACGAGACAGAGGUCGGUGGGCGAGCACCCAGCCGCGGGCUCACACUCACCUGAAGGCCGCAGAUGAGGACGCGGUCCUGGAGGAGCUUUCUGACAGCGCGGAGGAGCUCUGCGGCGCUUCAUCCAAAACUUCUUCUUUCUUCUUCUGCAAGUGCACUUAGACUUUCUUCAGCCGUGACUCGAGUCAUCAGUUUUACUCUCAUCAGUGAUUUUUUUUUUUUUUUUUUUUCAUCGUUGCAAUUUCCUCUCUUAAUUUGCUGGGGUCGGGGGGGGGGGAUGCAAUGGUCGAGCGUGAGCCGCGCUGUCAGUACCGCUGACCUUUGGAGGAUUUCACUGUAAUCUGUUGGACUUGUCGACUCGACAGGAAGCCUUGGAAGAGCUUUGACUUCUGCAGCCCCAAACGGACACCUGCCAGUAAUUAAAAAAAAAAAAAAUCCCGGAGGGUCGGUCAACCUCCAUCCAUCCAUCCAUUCAUCCAUCAUGCGGGCCGUCCCAUCCAGACUCCGCUAUCUAUUUCUGCACCUGUUUGUGUUCUGCUUCUAUGCUCAGGUAACCAAUCAGUCCCCGCCUAAUUUCACGCAGCAUGUAAGCGAGCAGAGCAAGGUGACGGACCGGGUGAGCCGCAGGCUGAUCCGGAUCUACCAGCUGUACAGCCGGACCAGCGGCAAGCAUGUGCAGGUCCUGCCCAACAAGAAGAUCAACGCCAUGGCCGAAGAUGGAGAUGCGCACGCAAAGCUCAUUGUAGAGACCGACACGUUUGGAAGUCGAGUUCGCAUCAAGGGAGCCGAGACGGGCCUCUACAUCUGCAUGAACAAAAAGGGGAAGCUCAUUGGCAAGGAAAACGGACAGGGCCGCGACUGCAUCUUCACCGAGAUUGUCUUGGAAAACAACUACACGGCCCUGAGGAACGCCCGGUACGAUGGCUGGUACAUGGCCUUCACUCGCCGCGGACGGCCACGCAGGGGCUCUAGGACACGCCAGCACCAGCGUGAGGUGCAUUUCAUGAAGAGGUUGCCGAAGGGGCAGCAGCCCACCCAUCCAGGUCAACAUCGGCCUUUUGACUUCAUCCACUACCCUUUCAGUCAAAGGACUAAACGCACGCGGUACUCUUUACAGCGCUGAGGUGCAAUAGAAAGACCCGGAAACAAAAAAGGGAGGACAACAGAACUUAAAUAUUGACUCAAGUACCGAAACAUUAUGAGUCCCUCUCCAAAAUGAACCUUUAGAUAUUUUUUCAUACUGUAUCCUAACUCAUAGCUUAUUUUCAAAUGUUCUCAAGUGAACAAAGGAAGUUCAUGGGCAUAAAAGAAUAAGAAAACAUACAUAUAAAAAUCUAUUUUUGUACUCCAGACUUUUUUCUUUAGCGCUGAGAAUUUCUUUUCCUUUUUCCCCGUCAUUUGUCUUGUUUUCAGCAUCUUUGUAGAGUGUGUCGUUUUGAUUUGUUGCGUAUCAUUUUAACUAGAGGAGACGUUGUUUUUUUUUGGACUUUCGCCUGCCGCUCAAGGAGACUUGAAGGACCCUGAGCGGCCGCACUGCCAGGAAACGCUGAGUUUACGGACACACUGUGAGACACGGCACUGCAGAGCGCAGGCAGCAACAGCACGGGGGGGGGGACACUUUGGUGUUCAGGCUGUGUGCCAGACGCUUCAUCUUUACUGGAUUCAUUUAAGCAAACAGAGCGCUCAUAGCAUAUUAUGGGACGAUGUGGCAGCUAUAAUUUAUAUUAACAGGUUUCCUGAUCUGAUUGUAGUGACUCAUGUACAAAAUGUGUUUUAUCCGUUUUUGCCCCCUCACCUUAUGGAUUCUUGUUUCACUCUUUAUGUCUGUUUUUAUACAUAUAUAAAUAUAUUUUUAUUUGAGGAUGUGCAUAAUAAUUUUAAAGAUGGAAUAUUUAUUUAAGAGGUGUAAUAAAUGUACAUUAGGACACUGACAUUAAACUCUUGUUUGAUA